UGUAGAAGAAAUAAAUAGUUAAAAGUAAUUACUAGCUACAUAUGAAAAAUCCAUAGACAGGAAGGAUCAAGUAAUCUCUAAUCUGACGCAUGCAAUGCAGAAACAGAAAGAUUAAAAUGAAAUGAUGAGAACAUUCUGUGAGUGGAAGAUGAAACAUAAUGAUUUCAAGAGAGAGACAUUUUGUACCAUGAUAGCUAAGAAGCAUCAUCAAAGAUGUUUACAAAGAAAAGUUUGGGAUGCUUGGCACUCGGUCAUAGAGACAAAAUGGAGGGUGCGUGUAGAAAAAGCCUGCCAGGCGAAGGCGCAAGAAGUUUGUAUUCAGCUCACAAAUAAUUACGAGGCAAAACUGGCUUCUGCAAAUGAAGAGUUAGAAUGUGUGAAAGCGGAGGUAGCCCAGAUGCAUAAAGAACGUGAACGAUACGAAGAGAUGAUGAAGAAAGCGUUCAUGCGUGGAGUUUGCGCGCUUAAUCUUGAGGCGAUGACAAUAUUUCAUAACAAUGAGGAAAAAGAGAACAAAGACAUAGGAAAUGUACAGAUACCUGAUGAUAUCAGUGAAAACAUGAAAGGCAGUAUACCAGAGAAAGAUUACAGUAUACCUAAAACAUUACCACACGAUCAACAUGAGAGGAUUGGAACUAGUGAAGGGUCACGACCUUCUACAGUAACACAGGGCCGACCAUUGAGUUCAAAAACAACAGGAAAACCAGGAUUGUCAAAACAUUUAUCUACAAAGGUCACUUCAAAAGUUGACAGUAGGAUGUCAAAAGGGGUGGGGUCACAAGUUUUAGCUCCGCCCAUGACCUCAGUGACCGUAGAACGCCAUCAGCCAGUCAGUAAACAAACUAUGCCACAUGCCAUUGCAGGGAAAUACCCACGACAAACAGCUCCACCUAGUGACCGUAGAAAACUAGCAGGUCAAGGCCACCUGCCAUCCAAUAUACAAACUGUAAAACAUGUUGAAUGAUGUAAUAUACUGAACUCUAUUAAUUUGUGUAAAUAUGUUUUAUCAAACUUGAAAUUUGAAUCUGAAGUUUCAUUUUUUUCUCUUGCAUUUAACAUGUUGAACGAUAUACUAAAAAAAAAUAUAUAUAGCAUGAGAGUAUUAAAAGCCAAUUUAGCCUCAAAAUUACAAAUAUUUUUAUUUUUAUCUUUCAAAAUUUGAGUAGCUUUCUUUAUUGAGUAUCCUUACAGGCUUUAAUUGACAAUUAAAAUCCGUGGAAUCCUGUAACAAUUUCUAAAAGUGGUGGUGUGGCCGAAUGGAUUAACAUGUUGGACUAGCAAUAAAAUGUUUGCCGGAGGCAUUGGUUUAAACCCAUUUCAAGGACAAUCCGUUGUAUCUGUGAUGAAGGAACAUUACACUUAUUGCUAAGUGAGUACUUAUUGGUCCUAGGAAUGGAUUCAAGAGAGUUUCAAUAUGCUUACAGCUGCCAACACAAUCAAAAUAAAAUAAAUUUGUAUGUAUUAUAAAACUAAAUAGUAACUUAUUGGCCUUAAAGCUAGGCCAUCAUUGGCUUAUUUUGUGUUAUUUUGUGUUUUGCCAAUAUAAACGGCUAUAGGGGUUUAGUAUUUGAAUUCAAAAUACUAUUUUGUUAUCACGUUGCUACCUUUAUGAGACGGUAUGUCACAUUCAGCACCCUAUUCUUCAGGUAAAAAUCAUCUUGCAUGUUCUCAGACCAUUAUUUUAACAUGAUUAAGAACACAUUUGCUCUUUCUACAGGAAGAAAACAAAUCUUUUCUGAGGCUUAAUGAUUUGCCUGUAAGAAAUAUAAUCUUUUGUUAAGACAUAUUACAUUUUUAGCUCACCUGUCACAAAGUGACAGGGUGAGCUUUUGUGAUCGCUUUUCGUCCGGCGUCCAUCCGGCGUCCAUCCGUCCGUAAACUUUUACUUUAAAUGACAUCUCCUCAUAAACCACCAAGCCAAUUUCAUUCAAACUUCACAGGAAUGUUCCUUUGGUGGUCACCUUUAAAAAUUGUUCAAAGAAUUUUAUUUCAUGCAGAACUCUGGUUGCCAUGGCAACCGAAAGAAAAAACUUUAAAUAUCUUCUUUAAAUUUGAAAAACCCUAAGAGUUAGAGCUUAGAUAUUUGGCAUGAAACAUCUUCUAGUAAGUGUCUACCAAGUUUGUUCAAAUAAAAGCCUUGGGGUCAAAACUGGCCCCGCCCCAGGGGGUCAUUGAUUUUCCCUAUAUGCAUAUAUUAAAAACUUAAAAAAUCUUCUUUUAAAGAACCCAAAGAGCUAGAGCUAAGAUAUUUAGCAUGAAACAUCUUCUAAUAAGUGUCAACAAAGUUUGUUCAAAUAAAAGCCCCGGGGUCAAAAUUGGCACCACCCCAGGGGGUCAUUGAUUUUCCCUAUAUGCAUAUAGUAAAAACUUAAAAAUGUUUUUUUUAAAGAACUCAAAGAGCUAGAGCUAAGAUAUUUAGCAUGAAACAUGUUCUAAUGGGUGUCUACCAAGUGUCUACCAAGUUUGUUCAAAUAGAAGCCCUGGGGUCAAAAUUGGCCCCGCCCCGGGGGUCAUUGAUUUUCCUUAUAUGUGUAUAGCAAAAACUUGAAAAACCCAAACUGCUAGAGUUUAGAUAUUAAGCAUGAAACAUCUUCUAGUAAGUGUCUACAAAGAUUGUUCAAAUAAAAGUCCUGGGGUCAAAACUGGCCCCGCCCCAGGGGUGUCAUUGUUUUUAACUAUAUGUGUAUAUUAAAAACUUAAAAAAUCUUCUUUCAAAAAACCCAAUGAGUUAGAGCUAAGAUGAUAGCAUGAAACAUCUUUUUUUCUUAUGGGUGUCUACCAAGUUUGUUCAAAUAAAAGCCCUUGGGUUAAAAUUGGCCCUGCCGGGGGGGGGGAUCUAUAUACAGGUGAGCGACCUCAGGGUCAUCACGGCCCUCUUGUUCUUUUUGAUAUUACAAUUUGAAAGAUUUUUCCUUUAAAUUUUGUGCAUUUGCUUAAUUUACAAAAAAGUAGUCCUGCAAGAUACCAGUGAGAAUAUGAAAAAUAUGUUUCACUGCAGUGAAAAAUAAUUUUUUAGGGUGAAAAUACGGAAAAUGAAAAUACGCAUUUUAUUUCAUCAAUAUUUCUCAAUAUUUCAUUUAUAAGUAUAUAAUAAAGAAAUAUAUAUCAUAGUAUAUAAUAUAAAGAAAUAUAUUUUUAAUAAUGUUGCAUGAUUUGUGUACUAAUGAACAGUAUUUAUUAUAAAAAAUGACUGCCUCUAACAUCUGAGAAUCAUAAACAAUGUUAUAUUAUUUAGUUCUGUCAUAAUUAUUUUCUCUUACAUUGGAAAAAAAACACUGAGUGGAAACUAGUCGAUGUACUUUAAGCAGUUGAUUUAUUCAUUUGAUGUUAUUUGGCUAAUUAAAGGGACUGCACUGAGGGUUUUUUUGGCAUGUCCGAUACUGGAAAUAAUCUCUACAAGAUCAAUAUAUGGAAUUUUUUUUUGUUUGUUUGUUUUGGGUUUUACGUCACAUCGACACAGUAUAGGUCAUAUCGCGACGUUCCAGCUUUACUGGUGGAGGAAGACUUCAGGUGCCCUUCCGUGCAUUAUUUCAGGCACGAACGGGCACCUGAGUAGAACCACCGCCGUCCGUAAGCUAGCUGGAUAGCUUCCUCACAUGAAAGAAUCCAAAGUCCCUGUCGGGACUCGAACCUACAGCGGUGAGGGGCAAGUGGUAUAUAUGGAAAUAAGUUAGUUUAUUCAUUAGAUGUUAAUUGGCUAAUUAAUGGGACUAUACUUGUUUUGGACAUGUCGGAUACUGGAAAUAUUAUUUUAAGAUUAAUGUACCCUAUGACACUUAACACUUGUGUGCAAAAUUUAAGAUCAUUCGCCUGCUCUGUUGUUUCAGAAUAAUUAUUCAAAUUAUUAAACCAGCACGCCAACAGAUUUAUGCCUAUUGUCAUGAAAAUUUGAAUAUGUAUUUAACAUUGUAAUAUUGCAAAGUUACCAAAAGAAUGCAGUUUACACAUUAUCAAUGGCACUUACAACACAAUUAAAUUACCAUAAAGAGGUCACAAUAUGCAAAAAUAAUCCUUGCUGCAUUAGUAAUGGAGUAAAAAACCAUAGUAAUAAAUACUCAUUUUGAAAUUUUAUACUUUUCCUAAAUCUUAGUACAUAUUUCUCAGUUUUUAUUUUAUCGAAAUAUUUUUGCUCAUCUAGAGACCUGCAGCUUUAAAACUGGCCCAAAAUUUAAAAGCUUUACAACGCUUUUUUCUCAAAUCGGUCAAAUAUUAACACAAAAAUAUGGAUUUCAAUAUAUUUCAGAAUACAUUUCAUAAAUAAAAUUAUGUUUUGCAUAUACUUCUGUUCUGAUCUAUUUAAGAAAUUCAAAUGUUAUUUUUUUUUUUGCUUUUUGACUUUUUUGCUUUUUGACCUCAGUGGAGUUCCUUUAAUGUAAUUUGUCAUGCUGAAGCAAAAUGUAUGUACCAUUAUGUUAAUAACAUAAAUCACAUACCUGUGACGAUUUUGCCACUCUGUAAAUGUGGUAUUGCACGGCCAGGCAUAUAUUUUGACGUGACGUCAUUUACAUUUCAUAUUAUAGUGUAAAGACGCGCUUAAAUUAAGUGUUACGCUAUUGGGACGUCAAUGAAAAAUUAUUCUUUUGCACUUUUAAUUUUGUGUUUGUGAUAUUUGUGAAGGUUCAUUACUGAAUUUAUUGAACUUGAUGAAUAAAAUAAGUUUUUUGCUCACCAGAUGCUCGCAUAAUAUAAUAUAGUUCAACUCGUGCAAUUAAUGCAGUAUUGAACCACCACUCAUUUGAUAUCAUCCAUUUAAUAAUGCAUCUUUAUAUACAUGUUUAUAAGCAAUUUAACAACUGCAUUUAUCUUUUCCUUUAUAUAUCUGUCAAAGGCCUGAUAUGUAGCCUGUUUUAAAAUAAGACAGAUGGUCCUAAUUAACCCUAAAAUGCAUACACACAUAAAUAUACAGAUACCGUUCAUAAAUUUUCGCACACUUGUUUUGUCUCCGCAAGUACUUAUUCUAUUUAACAUUAAUCACAAAUUUGCAUUUAUGAUAAUGAUUUUAGAUAACUAAGGUUGGAAACUCUUUAACAUCAGUUUUACAACGACAUCUAUAAAUUUUAAUGAUUUCUAAGUAUGUCUAUUACUCGACUAUCAAGCUGUGAGACUUAUCACCGCUUUUAUUUUUCUUAUUUUUACUCAUUAAAGCAUAGUCACUGUAUUAACUGUGAAUUGUGAUAACUAUUUUUUAUAAUUUGUAUCUGACAUGUCAAUGUUUUAAAUAAAAGAAAUAAAU